GUUUGCACGAGCAGCCUUUUUGAUCCCAUCUUCUGAGUUUCGCCUCUCUCUCGCUCGCUCGCUCGCUCGCGCGCGCGCCGGUGCAACACGAAGCUCACUCUCCUCCCCGGCCGUCGAGAUUCAUCUCUGCAAUUCCAGCGUUGGGCAGAAGCCAGUAACACCUCUCUUUCUCUCUGCGCCUCCCCGAUCAGCGGCUGACUUUUGCGGGGUCAAAGUGUCUGAGGAAAGGAAUGAUACGCAGGACUUGCAGGGUAUUUACUUGCGGUUUCGAGAAAGACUUGGUUGCUCUUUUACUGGUGACUGUGUCUCAUCCGUGUUGCCGUUGACACCUUUGAAGGUUGGAUUUUCAAUGCUGUGUUAGAGCAGAAUCGCAGUAUUGAUUGCAAAUGGGAGAGACAGAGGAUGGUGUAAGGCCCCAAAGGACCGUUUUCGUGACUGUUGGCACUACUUGUUUUGAUGCUCUCGUGAGAGCAGUAGGUACUCGGGACUUUCAGCAAGAACUGUCUGCUCGAGGCUAUACCCACCUUGUUAUUCAAAUGGGUCGCGGUACCUACACCCCCAAAAAGCUGAAACAGUCUGAUGGAGAAGAUGGUUCUCUAGUCGUGGACUACUUCACUUUCUCAUCAAGCAUAGCGGAUUAUUUAAGAUCAGCAUCUCUCGUGAUCAGUCAUGCAGGGUCAGGGAGUAUUUUUGAGACACUUAGACUUGGUAAACCUUUGAUCGUGGUGGUGAAUGAAGAUUUAAUGGACAAUCAUCAAAGUGAGUUAGCAGAGGAACUAGCCGAGAGGAAGCAUUUGUAUUGUGCUCGUCCUCAAACUCUUUAUAAAACUAUAGCAGAUAUGGAUUUGGAGUCUCUCCUUCCUUAUGUUCCCGGGGAUGCCACCCCUGUCGCUAAGAUUAUAAACAGGUUUUUGGGAUUUCUGGACGAUUGACGAAAUUACUAAGUUUGCUGAGCAUUGGCUGAGUAUUCUUUCUUGGAUUUUUUAGAGAGGCAACGCAAUGGUUUUUGUGAAUAAUAUCAAUUAUUCUACAGGGUGAUAUCAUUCCUCCUUGUGUCAUCUUUACCUCUAAGAUUAAUGGGGCAAGAGUAGGGUGGGUCAGACAUGUAGAGAAGGACAAAAUCCAAUGAUAUUCACAGUGAAUACAGAAUCAUUCCUUUCAUGUUC